UUCCCCUUAUCCUACCCAUUCAAUCUAUUCUUGGAGCUGGGUAACCAAUUGUUUGAUAUUGCAUUCCCCAUGAAUGAUGGCGCAAUAGUUACUCCUUCCAGGAAAGUAACAGGUCUUGUACGUAUUUCUUCCAUAGACCUCCAUUCAUUCAUUCAUCCAUUCAUUCCAGCUUGUUACCACAAAUCGGCCGAAACGUCUAGCCUACUUAAUUUUUAUGAGCACGAGGGUAAAAGUCCUACUACCAUAUUUCUUUUUUACAUCGUGUACCUCUACCGCCCAAUCUGACCUUUCCUUUUACAUCUACUGGAUCCAUUUUUUUGACCCAAUUGAAGUUUACCAUCUUUUCAAUCUUUUAGUUGUUUAAACUCCCUUCUUCAUCUUUGUUGUGAUAUGGAGCAGGCGGGACCGUAUCAGCACUACCCUAGCACUUUCGUAAUUUAGCGCGUCAGUCUCAUUGAGUAUUUCCUAUAUGUAUGAGGACUUCAUAUCAUGCAGCCGCUCAUCGCUGCCAUGUAUAGGGUACGACAGGCUUUCUAUGCCGCAUUUAUCAAAUCUUUUCUUAAAACAAAGUCGAUCUUAGAGAUCAUUAUCAAAUUCUGGAUUGCGCCCUCGACUAUCAAACGAAUCAAGGACGAAAAUGUCGAUGUAAAGGAGAUUUCACUGACGAGAGUCAAGAAGUUUCUGGACGAGGUUGAAGCUGCUUUCAAAGAUUCUACGACAGAGGCCUCCUUGCUGGCAUUAUCAGAUGGCUUGAGAAAAGAGUUCGCGGAGAGCUUAUUGGAAAAUCUACAAUGUAUGCUUCCUUCAUACAAUCAUCAAUUACCUAGUGGUCAUGAAUGUGGAACAUACCUUGCUCUAGACGUUGGGGGGUCGACUUUUCGGGUGGCUUUGAUUAAACUUGCUGGGAAAGGAUGUGAAGGGAAAGAGAUGGAGAUUAUUGAGUUAAAAUCUUUCAAGAUAAAAAGUGCUGAAAGACAGCUUGUCGGGGUGCAGUUCUUCGAUUGGAUGGCAGACCGGAUUGUCGACACUCUUUCCGGGGGAAAAGAACGACAUGAAAUGUUGAAGGCACCCUUAUCCGUGGGAUUGUCCUGGUCUUUUCCUAUCAAUCAAACAUCGCUUAGGGGCGGUCUUCUCAUGGGCAUGGGCAAAGGAUUUUGUGCUGCCGAUGGAUUGAUUGGCAAAGAUCUAGGCGACUUGAUUGAAGAGUCUUGCCUGAAAAGAGGACUCAACGUUCAAUUGAAUGCCAUUGUGAACGACUCUUCAGCAACAUUACUCUCCAAAGCAUAUAUAGAUCCUACAACUCGUUUCGCAUUAAUCUUGGGAACUGGUUUAAAUGCUGCAGCUCAUCUUCCUGUCCAUAUCUUUUCACAGCCAAAAUUUGGGAUCCGUCCUGCAUCUUGGCAUGAUUGCGCAAAACAUGUUAUUGUCAACACGGAACUCUCAAUGUUUGGUGGAAGUUAUCUUCCGUACACAAAAUGGGAUAAAAAUUUGAAGGCAAAUCACCCUCGACCAGACUUUCAGCCAUUCGAACAUUUCGCGAGUGGUGGGUACAUAGGAGAGAUCGUACGAUUAAUAUUAAUUGAUGGAAUUCAGAGCGCAGGGCUAUUUGGAGGAGUGGUGCCUGCAAAUCUAAGGGAGAAAUAUUCGCUAGAGACCGAAACUCUCUCAUACAUCGAAGCCGACACAACUCCGUAUCUUACAACUGCUAUAGAAAUAUUCACCACCCGUCACCCAUCCUCUCAUAUCCCCACCGAAGUCGAUCUUCGUGCCUUACGACUCAUAGCAUCCCUCGUAACCCUUCGCUCUAGCGGCCUCAUUGCUGCUGGUGUCCACGCCCUCUGGCACAUGCGUAACACAUCCGAAUUAAUUUCACUCGCCAAUUCAGCUCACACAGUCGUUGCUUACAAUGGCUCUGUGCUGGAAAAUUAUCCCGAAUUUCGCAAAAAUACACAAAAACAUAUUGAUUUGCUGGUAGAAGCAAGUGGUGCAAGAAGUGGUAUUGUGGAGUUAAUGUAUGCGGAGGAGAGCUCACUGCUGGGAGCGGCAGUCGCGGUGGCUUGCUGCAAUGCUUGAAUGGCAAAGAUAAGGAGUGCGGUGACAGGUAGCAUAGUUUUGCAUCGUCUUGCAUAUCAUGAAUAUGGCAUACUGGCAGUACAUAGGCAUGAUACUCUUUUAAGCGGGAUUAGGUGUGACAUGGGCAUAGAAAAUUUCUUUUUAAAGCAUCGUCUUGGAGUUUAGGAUCACACAGUUGAUAUUAUUAGUAUCAUUCAUGAAUUACAAGAAAUUUAAGAAUAGAUUCUACAUUACUCCC